AACAUUUUAUUAUUACACAUCCUUUUCAACUCACUAUUUCCUUGUACUUCAUUGCUUACCUCCCCCUGUCCCUACACACACACAUUCCAGUAUAAAACCAUCGUGUUUGGAGACCUCACAAGUCAUUAAUCCAAUCCCACAUUAUUUCACAACAAUGUAUCACAGUUCCCAAAGUGGCAAUUCCUUCUUCUCCAUGGCUAAUGGCUACAGAGGUUAUGAUGAAGAAGAGUUGUACUCUUCCCCUUCCGCUUCGGUGGAUUGUACCCUCUCCUUGGGCACGCCUUCGACACGUGUCAGCGACGAGAGCAGCCACGAGAGGAAGCGGUCCGGCUUCGGCUGGAACAUCCUCCCUUCGAAGCACGCGCCGCAGCCCUCCGCCAAGCCCCACCGCGCCGCCGCCAAUAGCGGCGGCGGCGGCGGCGGCGAUCCCCUUCUCGCCCGCCGUUGCGCUAAUUGCGACACCACUUCUACUCCCUUGUGGCGCAACGGCCCCCGAGGCCCUAAGUCGUUAUGUAAUGCGUGUGGUAUUCGUUACAAGAAGGAGGAGAGAAGGGCGGCUGCGGCAGCCGCAGCCAGCAACGGCGAUGGAGCACACUAUGAAGCACAUUACACGAUGAACAACGGGUCGUGCUACUCCUCAGGAUAUGGCAACGAGUACCGUUUCAUGGAAGAAGACGACGCUGGCGAUCACCGCAUGUCGUGGCGUUUCAAUGUGACGGAUAGGUCUAGCUACGUUCAUGACUUCACCAGAUAAAUCAAUUCCAAAUUAAUUGAAAAUGAAUUCCAAAUUUUACUUUGAUGGCGAUUGAUAGGUGGGUCAUGAAUUCUAUUCUUUUUAAGCUGCUUAUUUAUUUUAUUAAUUUUUGUUUUUGUGUAUGAAACAUAGAUGGAGUAAAAAUGAGUUAAUUCCAUGUUGUUUUUGGUAGAUUGCUUUUUCUUUUGUAGCUUUCACUUUUAUCAGGCCUGGCCCCAAUAUUAUUAUUAGUCUUAUAGAUAUAUGUAGAAUCUAAAUGAAGAACAACUUUUUGGGUUGGUCUGUUUCAUACA